AUGAUUGUUCGUUUCGUCCGCAAAUUACUUUCUUGCUUCCGAAAAGUCCGCUACUUUGAAGGAACCGGUGGAGAUAGGAAAGACGAGAAAGAGAAACAAAACAGAAAACGAUCCGCACAAGCGGCAAACGAUGGUUCUUCUAAACAGGGUCGCUUGGAUUUAUCAAAUCCCUUCUUGCAAGUGGCCAGACAGCAUCUUGGGGGAGGUUCAUCUGGUCAACAAGGAUCUUCAAAUCGUCAAGGAUCAUCAAAUCCUCAAGAUUCGGUCCGCGAGGGCGGGAUGGUAGUACGUACGGAUGCGGGUUGUCCAGGUGUGAAAACCGGAAUUGGUGCGUCGAUCAGAGAGCCAGGGCCAGGCCAAGAUACCAAGGAUUUCUGUAAUAUUGCCCUGGACAUCAGUGACUAUGUCGCGUCAGGAAAGUCAAAUGCGGCUGAGGCGCAUGCGGCCACCAUAGCUCUACUUUAUCUUUUUUUGAAGGGCAAGAAUGACAAGAAAAUAUACUUGUAUACCGACUCUAGCCAAUUGGUUACGAAUAUGGACACACUGAUCAAGAAGGAUCCAUGCAGGAGUAUUGACGCGAAACACUAUGAGAAUUUGCACCAAGUUGUGAAGUAUUUUCAAAACGGUGUAACUUUCGAAUGGCGCUCAAAAUUCGAGAACGCAAGGGCUGAUCAAUUAGUGCAGUACGCCUGCAACCCUCAGAAAAAGCCUGUGCGGAAAAGAGCCGAAGCAGGUUCCAAGGCCGUUCAGCUCGACGUUUACAAAGCGAUUUUUGAGGGAGGAGAUCCACCAACAAAUGAUAAACUGAUCGAAUACCCUCAUUCGAAAGAGCCAAUCGUCCAACUUCUUGGAAGCAAAAAUUUCUUGGAGAUUGUGAAUCGUGCGCUGGUUCCGGAUGCUAUAAUUUCGAGCUGGGAA